AUGACUGUGUUUUCCAGACUACCAUCUGGCCUCACCGCGCUCUAUGAUCAGAUUCUGUCCCAAAUACUGGAGGAUGAAAGCCAUGGCUUGAGUGAGCACGCUCGGACCGUACUGAGAGUCAUGACAGCAGCCUUCCAGCCACUCACCUUAUGGGAGCUGGCCAUACUCGCGCGUGUAACAGAGGAGACCGCUGAAGAUCGAGAUCUGAUCUUGGAAUAUCUCGACCUCUGCAUUUCGAUCGUCGCAGUAAGGAGAGACGUGGCGUAUUUCGUUCACGACUCUGCCCGCGAGCAUCUGCUGAAACGCCAGGACAUCGUUCCGUCUGACAAAGGCGUGGUCCAUGCCGAGCUCGCGAUAGCAUGCUAUCGCUAUUUGAGCGGUCAAUCACUCAUGAACGAUGACAUAUCAUGCGACUCUUCUACGGACAUAACAGGAAUCGCCAGCACGCUCAUACGUAAGUAUCACAGCUAUCCUGUGGUGUUCUGGUUGGAGCACAUGCGUCUAGCUGGGGAUCGUGUCAUCGGUAGCUUCGAUGUGGAAGAUGAGUUCCUCUCCGAAGACUCUCCGACGCGGCAGAAGUGGCUCGAUCUUUACUGGCAUCGCAGACAUCAACCAUGGGAAAAACAGCCGCUCAACUUUGCGGCAAUACAUCUGGCAGCAUACGGUGGGCUCACCUGGCUGGUACUGUCUCUCCUGAAGAGCAGAGAUCAGGGUGAGAUCAACCGCCGAGACGGACUCGGCUACGAUUGCUUAAUGUGGGUCGCUGGUAGAGGGUGGACGGACGUCGUCAAUGUCCUGGUGGAUCGAUCCGCGAAGCUAGAUACGACGAACGAUCAGCUCUUGACUGCUGUAUAUCUUGCAGCAAUCAAUGGACACGCCCCCACGGUCCGUAUGCUGAUUGAAGCUGGUGCAGAUGUAGAUUGUUGUGAUGCACGAGGCGCAACUCUUGUGCACUGUGUGACGAUGCAUCAGUAUAUCGACAUCCUUCAAUACUUGCUGCUUUCAGGGGCGGAAGUCGACGUACCAGACGCCCGCAACCGUACUGCCAUCUUAUGGGCUUGCAAUGGAGGUCAGCUGGCUGCUGUGAAAGUACUGGAGGAGCAUGGUGCAGAUUUAACUCAGCUGGACAGGGAGGGCAUGACGCUCUUGCACCAUGCAGCUGGGCAGGGCCAUUUAGAGAUCGCUUCGUUCUUGCUCAAGAAGGGUGUGCGCGUUGACUCCAAAUGCUACGGACGGUGGACACCACUACACGAAGCCGCCUGGAACGGAGAAACCAUUAUAGUCGCAUUCUUGCUCAAGAGCGGGCCCAAUCUAGAUGAGCGUACGGGCGAAGGUCACACGGCUUUGCACCAGGCAUCUUGGAAUGGGCACACUGAUUGCGUCAGACUGCUGCUCAAGCAUGACGCUCCUGUCGAUGCGGUCUGCUACGAUGGUAAGACAGCGCUGCACCAAGCUGCUUGGCAGGGUCAUGAUGAGGUGGCGAGGGCGCUUGUUGAUGCGGGUGCCUCCUAUCUCGUGCGUAAUCACGGUGGAAACACCGCGCGCCAUCAUGCGGAGGAGAACGGAGCGGCCGAGCUUGCAGCCUCACUUGCCUUACUCGCUCUGGAUGAAGUAUCGUUGGGUGCUUCUGCAACAAAAAACGCCAACUUGCCCUACGCCCCAAGGGCCCCACCGGAACAUCCAAAGUUCAGCGCUAUCCAUCACAAUGAGCACGAUCCUGCAAUAGAACUGGACCCAGCAAUCAUGGCAGCCAUACCAGGUGAUCCAUUUGCCUGCGACUGUAGUCACCAUGGUCAUGCUGGGUUCUCUGUGCCCUUACGAGUACGAGCGAAGUACUCCGAUGGAACGGAGGUCGUUUUCUUUUGCAAGACUUAUGGUAACCAGGAGAUGUUUCGCAGUGAGUACUUUUCUCUCGAGACCCUGAGCACGACGCUACCAACUUUCUGCCCGAGGCCGCUUCAAUUUGGUCAGAUGCAAGAGACUGAUCACUUCUUCCUUAUGACGGAGUUCAUCGAUGCAGAGUGUACAGGCAACGCCUUGACCGAACGCUCACUGGCCGAAAAGCUCGCGAGUUUGCACGAUCAGCCUGUUCCUAUUCCAGCUGGUCACAGAUCACGUAUGUUUGGAUUCCCAAUGAGUGCAUAUUGUGGCUCAACUCCCCAAGACAACACGUUUUGCGCUUCGUUGGCGGAACUUUUCGCUGAGCGACGACUGGGUUAUAUCAGUCGUCUGUGCCAAGUACGGCAUGGCGCCGAUGAUGAAUUAAGGACAUGGGUGGAUCGCAUGACUGAAAGGGUUGUGCCUGCUCUGCUGCAAGACGGACAUUUGGGGGGAGACAAACCUAUUGUGCCUUCGAUCGUGCACGGCGACCUCUGGAUGGGAAACCAGAUCAAGGGUCGUGUAAGAGGCUGGUCUGGGUUACAAGCCACCACGUAUGAUCCCAGCUCGGUCUAUGCGCAUAACGAAUAUGAAUUUGCCAUUAUGCGUCUGUUCGGCGGAUUCCUGGCUGGAUUCUGGUCCCGGUAUCACGCGAUAAAGCCAAAGACGGAACCCAUCGAGGAGUACGAGGAUCGCACCAGCCUUUACUCAUUGUAUCAUCUGUUGAAUCAUUAUGCCAUGGAUUGUGGAGGCUGGCGAGACGAUGCCAUUGAAGUUAUGAAAGAACUCUGGGAUAAGUAUGGCAAUUGA